AUGAGCAAAAUGGAUUGCUCAUCUCAGAAGAUCACCAAAAGUGACUCGAUACAUCACAUGAGCUGCUCCCAGAGGCGGCCAGAGCUGCCCCCUCUGCCUGCUUCUGCUAAUGAGGAACCGUCUGAACUCUAUCAGACUGUCAUGUCACACAGCUUUUAUCCGCCCUUGAUGCAACGCACCUCGUGGACCCUGGCUGUACCCUUCAAAGAGCAGCAGCACCACCGUGGGCCCAGUGACUCCAUUGCCAACAACUACUCCUUGAUGGCCCAGGACCUGAAGAUGAAAGACCUCAUGAAGGUCUACCAGCCAGCCACCAUCAAUAUCCAUAGGGAUAGGACCGGUCAAGGGCAGUCAUCAGCAACUAAAAGUUCAUCAGAGCCCAUCAAGAAGAAAAUGAAGUUCUCUUCCAGAAGCAAAGAGGAUUACUCUGGGAUCAAGCUGGUCUGCGACACCUCGACCUCCUCACAUGUGAAGAAGGAGAUAGAGACAUCUUUCGUACUCCCAGGAAGCAGACCAAUGAGUCCAGAACAGCAGAUUGAUGUGAUGUUACAGCAGGAGAUGGAAACAGAAAGGAAAGAAAGCAAACCAUCUGAAGCAGACCUGGAGAGAUACUAUUACUAUCUGACCAAUGGAAUCCGAAAAAACAUGAUUGCCCCCGAGGAGGACGAAGUGAUGGUUCGGAUCUCAAAGCUGAUUUCUAACAUGCUGAUAACAAGUCCCUCCCUGGAACCCCUGCUGGCAGCCCUCGUGGAGGAAAAGAAGAAGGACUAUUAUAGCAGCCUCAUGAAAAGCAUUGUUGAUUACAUCCUCAUGGACCCAAUGGAGCGGAAGAGGCUUUUCAUCGAGGGCAUCCCCCGCACAUUUCCCCAAAGAGUGAUCCGGGCCCCCGUGCCCUGGCACAGUGUCUACAGGAGUGCCAAGAAGUGGAAUGAGGAGCAUCUGCACACAGUGAACCCCAUGAUGCUGUGCCUCAAAGAACUGUGGUUUGCAGAGUUUAGAGACCUCAGGUUUGUUCGAACAGCAGAAUUACUGGCGGGAAAAUUGCCUCUGCUGCCUCAUGAAUAUCGGGACGUGAUCCAGAAACACUGCAUGGAGGCGCACCAAAUUCUUCUCAACAAGUGGAUCCCCACCUGUGCCCAGCUUUUUGGCUCACGGAGGGAGCAGUGGGUCCAUUUUGCUCCCAAGAGCGACUAUGACUCCUCGAGAAGCAUUGAGGAAUAUUUUGCUUCUGUUGCAUCAUUCAUGUCACUCCAGCUCAGAGAGCUGGUCAUUAAGUCCCUGGAGGACCUUGUUUCCUUUUUCAUGAUACACAAGGAUGGGAAUGAUUUUGAGGAACCCUACCAAGAGAUGGAUUUCUUUAUACCUCAGCUAAUCAUGAUCAAACUUGAAGUCAAUGACCCCAUUAUUGUCUUUAAUCCAUCUUUUGAUGACUGCUGGGAAUUAAUACACAACUCUUUCUUGGAAAUUAUUAAGAACUCUAAUGGAAUCCCCAAGAUAAAGCACAUACCAUUUGAGUUCUCUUUCACUGCUGUCGAUCAGCAACGUGCGCAAGCAGCUGGGCUGGGAGAGUCCAGGGUGCAUGUGGCUGCUACUGCAAACAGCCCAUUGAAAGGAUAUAAUCUGAUCCUUGGAACUGUUAACGCUGAAGAAAAACUCGUUUCUGAUUUUGUGAGUCAAACUUUUCAGGUAUUUCAGAAAAAUCAAGUUGGCCCCCACAAGUACUUAAAUGUAUACAAAAAGUACGACGACUUAUUGGAUAACACAGCAGAGCAAAGCAUCACAGCAUUCCUGAAAGAAAAUCAUGAAAUUGAGGAUUUUGUAAUGAGGAUAAAUGCCAUUAAAAAACGGAGAAAUGAAAUUGCAUCCAUGCACAUUACCGUGCCUUUAGCCAUGUUCUGCCUUGAUGCCAUGAUCCUAAAUUAUGAUCUCUGUGAGCGAGCUCAAAAUCUUAAAGACCGUCUGAUUCAAUUCCAAGUGGAUGUAAACCGGGAAACCAAUACCAGCAUUUGUAAUCAGUACAGCACCAUUGCAGACAAAGUCAAUGAGGUUCCUGCCAACACUGCGGAGCUGGUAUUCCUCAUUGAAUACUUAAAGAAAUCCAGCGAUGUCACUGUGUUCAAACUCAGGAGGCAACUUAGAAGUGCAAUUGAAAGGCUGGAGUUCUUGUUGGACUAUGCAGAUUUGCCAAACCAGAUAGAAGAUAUCUUCGAAAACAGCCGAAACCUGCUCCUUAGCAAGAGGGAUCAGGCAGAGAUGGAUCUGAUUAAAAGGUGCUCAGAAUUUGAGUCGAAACUUGAGGGCUACAACAAGGAACUAGAAGGUUUUAGGAAGCGUGAAGUGAUGACUACAGAAGAAAUGAAGAACAAUGUGGAAAAGCUUAAUGAACUUUCAAAGAACCUAGAUCAGGCACUGGUGGAAUUUGAGUUGAUCAAUAAGGAGGAAGAGCUGUUGGAAAAGGAGAAGAGUACCUACCCUCUUCUGCAAGCCCUGAUGACCAAUAAAGUGCCUUAUGAGCAGCUGUGGGUGACAGCUUACGAGUUCAGCACCAAGUCUGAGGAGUGGAUGAAUGGACCCCUCUUCUUACUGAAUGCUGAAGAAAUUGCGGAGGACAUAGGGAAUAUGUGGAGGACGACAUAUAAAUUGAUCAAGACCUUAGCUGAUGUACCUGCACCCAAGCGCUUAGCAGAGAAUAUGAAAAUCAAGAUUGAUAAGUUCAAGCAGUACAUUCCUAUCCUCAGUAUUUCCUGCAACCCAGGAAUGAAAGAUCGGCACUGGCAGCAGAUCAGUGAGAUUGUCGGCUAUGAAAUAAAGCCCACCGAAACGACUUGCCUUUCAAAUAUGCUAGAAUUUGGAUUCAGCAAAUUCAUUGAGAAACUGGAGCCCAUUGGUGCAGCUGCCAGCAAAGAAUAUUCCCUGGAGAAAAACAUGGAGAAAAUGAAGUUAGACUGGGUUAACAUGACAUUCAGCUUCGUGAAAUACAGGGACACUGAUACGAGCAUCUUGUGUGCCGUUGAUGACAUUCAACUGCUACUCGAUGAUCACGUGAUAAAGACCCAGACCAUGUGUGGCUCCACGUUCAUCAAACCAAUAGAAGCAGAAUGCAGGAAAUGGGAAGAAAAGCUGGUUCGAGUGCAGGAAAAUUUGGAUGCCUGGUUGAAGUGCCAAGCCACCUGGCUAUACCUGGAACCGAUUUUUAGUUCAGAGGACAUCAUAGCCCAGAUGCCAGAAGAGGGCAGGAAAUUUGCCAUUGUUGAUGGUUACUGGAAAUCACUCAUGUCCCAAGCGGUGAAAGACAGCAGGGUUCUGGUAGCAGCAGACCAGCCACGGAUGACUGAGAAGCUUCAAGAAGCCAACCUUCUGUUGGAGGACAUCCAGAAGGGGCUGAAUGAUUAUCUGGAGAAGAAGAGACUGUUUUUCCCCAGGUUCUUCUUCCUAUCAAAUGAUGAGCUGCUGGAGAUCUUGUCUGAGACAAAGGACCCCCUCCGAGUGCAGCCACACUUGAAGAAGUGCUUUGAAGGAAUUGCCAAGCUGGAGUUUACAGACAGUCUGGAAAUUGUGGGCAUGAUCAGCUCAGAAAAAGAAACCAUUCCAUUCAUACAGAAAAUCUACCCAGCUAAUGCCAAAGGCAUGGUAGAGAAGUGGCUCCAGCAGGUGGAGCAGAUGAUGCUUGCCAGUCUGCGGGAAGUCAUUGGACUUGGGAUUGAAGCAUAUGUCAAGAUCCCUCGUAAUCACUGGGUCUUGCAGUGGCCUGGCCAAGUGGUCAUCUGUGUCUCCUCCAUCUUUUGGACCCAGGAGGUAUCUGAAGCCCUGGUGGAAAAUACCCUACAGGAUUUCCUGAAAAAGAGCAACAAUCAGAUUGCACAGAUUGUCCAGCUGGUGCGAGGGAAGCUGAGCAGCGGAGCCCGACUCACUCUGGGGGCCCUCACGGUCAUCGACGUCCACGCCCGUGAUGUGGUGGCCAAGUUAUUUGAGGACGGAGUUUCUAAUCUGAAUGAUUUCCAGUGGAUCUCGCAGCUGCGCUACUACUGGGAGGCAAAGAACGUGCACGUGCAGAUGAUAACUACGGAAGCCUUGUAUGGCUAUGAGUACCUGGGAAACUCCCCCCGGCUGGUGAUUACACCCCUCACUGACCGCUGCUACAGGACACUGAUGGGAGCUUUGAAGCUGAACCUUGGAGGAGCUCCAGAGGGUCCAGCUGGGACAGGCAAGACAGAAACCACCAAAGAUCUGGCCAAAGCUUUGGCUAAGCAGUGUGUGGUCUUCAACUGCUCAGAUGGUUUGGAUUACAAAGCCAUGGGGAAGUUCUUCAAGGGGCUGGCCCAGGCAGGAGCAUGGGCCUGCUUUGACGAGUUCAACAGAAUCGAGGUAGAAGUGCUGUCUGUGGUGGCUCAGCAGAUUCUUAGCAUCCAACAAGCCAUUAUUCGGAAGCUAAAGACGUUCAUCUUUGAAGGCACUGAGCUGUCUCUGAACCCAACCUGUGCCAUCUUCAUCACCAUGAACCCUGGAUAUGCUGGCAGGGCUGAGCUGCCAGAUAACCUCAAGGCCUUGUUCCGGACGGUGGCCAUGAUGGUGCCAGAUUACGCCCUCAUUGGAGAAAUCUCCCUCUACUCUAUGGGGUUUCUGGACUCCAGAAGCCUCGCCCAGAAGAUUGUUGCGACCUACCGCCUGUGCUCGGAACAGCUCUCUUCCCAGCAUCACUAUGACUACGGCAUGCGUGCGGUGAAGUCAGUGCUCACUGCUGCAGGCAACCUGAAGCUCAAGUAUCCGGAGGAGAAUGAAAGUGUCUUACUGCUCCGGGCCUUGCUUGAUGUCAACCUGGCCAAGUUCUUAGCUCAAGAUGUCCCCCUGUUUCAGGGAAUUAUAUCAGAUUUAUUUCCUGGAGUUAUUCUUCCAAAGCCAGACUAUGAAGUUUUUCUGGAAGUGCUGAAUGAGAACAUCAAAAAGAUGAAACUCCAGCCAGUUCCUUGGUUUAUUGGGAAAAUUAUCCAGAUCUACGAGAUGAUGCUGGUGAGACACGGCUAUAUGAUUGUCGGAGACCCCAUGGGCGGCAAGACCUCUGCUUAUAAAGUGUUGGCUGCAGCUCUGGGUGAUUUACAUGCAGCCAACCAGAUGGAGGAGUGUGCUGUGGAGUAUAAGAUCAUCAACCCCAAGGCUAUCACCAUGGGGCAACUGUAUGGGUGCUUUGACCAAGUGAGCCAUGAGUGGACGGACGGUGUCCUCGCCAAUGCUUUCCGGGAGCAAGCAUCUUCACUGUCUGAUGACCGCAAGUGGAUUAUAUUUGAUGGGCCGGUGGAUGCUGUUUGGAUUGAAAAUAUGAACACUGUUCUGGAUGACAAUAAAAAGCUGUGUUUAAUGAGUGGAGAGAUUAUCCAGAUGAGCCCCAAGAUGAGCCUGAUCUUCGAGCCAGCUGACCUUGAGCAGGCCUCGCCGGCCACCGUGAGCAGGUGUGGGAUGAUCUACAUGGAGCCCCAUCAGCUAGGCUGGAAGCCACUGAAGGAUUCGUACAUGGACACCCUGCCCUCCAUCCUCACUGAGGAGCACAAGGAAUUGGUCAAUGACAUGUUCAUGUGGCUUGUCCAGCCCUGCCUGGAAUUUUGUCGCCUUCAUUGUAAAUUUGUUGUCCAGACAUCUCCCAUCCACCUUGCCUUCUCAAUGAUGAGACUGUACUCCUCUCUGCUUGAUGAAAUCAGGGAAAUAAAAGAGGAUGAAAUUGAAUUUACUGAAGGCAUGUCAAGUCAACAAAUCUUCCUCUGGCUGCAAGGACUGUUCCUCUUUUCCUUGGUGUGGACCCUGGCUGGCACCAUCAACGCGGACAGCAGAAAGAAAUUUGAUUUGUUUUUCCGCAACUUGAUCAUGGGCAUGGAUGAUCACCACCCAAGGCCCAAAAGCGUCAGACUCACCAAAAACAACAUCUUUCCAGAAAAAGGUAAUUUAGUACCUAUCUCAGAACUCAUCAUCCCCACCAUGGAGACAGCCCGGCAGUCCUUCUUCUUAAAAACCUACCUGGACCAUGAGAUUCCAAUGCUGUUUGUGGGUCCCACAGGCACUGGCAAAUCAGCCAUCACCAACAACUUCCUUCUCCGCCUGCCCAAAAACACCUACCUUCCCAACAGCAUCAAUUUCUCUGCCAGAACCUCAGCCAAUCAGACCCAGGACAUCAUCAUGUCCAAGCUGGAUCGACGGCGGAAGGGCCUUUUUGGGCCUCCCAUAGGGAAGAAAGCAGUGGUGUUUGUGGAUGACCUCAACAUGCCAGCCAAAGAAGUAUAUGGGGCCCAGCCCCCAAUCGAGCUCCUGAGGCAAUGGAUUGACCACGGUUACUGGUUUGACAAGAAAGACACAAACAGGCUGGACAUUGUGGAUGUGCUGCUUGUGACAGCCAUGGGCCCCCCCGGGGGAGGAAGGAAUGACAUUACUGGACGAUUCACUCGCCAUCUGAACAUCAUUUCCAUCGACGCCUUUGAGGAUGACAUUUUAACAAAGAUUUUCAGUUCCAUUGUUGACUGGCAUUUUGGAAAAGGGUUCGAUGUGGUAUUCUUAAGGUACGGAAGGAUGCUGGUGCAAGCUACUAAGAUAAUUUACAGAGCUGCAGUGGAGAACUUCCUGCCAACUCCCUCUAAGUCACAUUAUGUCUUUAAUCUGCGGGACUUCUCACGGGUGAUCCAAGGGGUACUGCUCUGCCCUCACACCCACCUGCAGGAUGUGGAAAAAUUUAUCCGGCUUUGGAUCCAUGAGAUUUAUCGGGUCUUCUAUGACCGUCUGAUUGACAAGGAGGACAGGCAGGUCUUCUUCAACAUGGUGAAGGAAACCACCUCCAAUUGCUUCAAGCAGACUGUAGAAAAGGUGCUUAUCCACUUGUCACCUACUGGAAAGAUCGUCGAUGAUAACAUUCGUAGCCUCUUCUUUGGAGAUUAUCUCAAGCCAGAAAGUGACCGAAAAAUCUACGAUGAGAUCACUGACCUGAAACAGCUCACAGUGGUCAUGGAGUACUACCUGGAGGAGUUCAACAACGUCAGUAAGGCCCCCAUGUCCUUGGUCAUGUUCAGGUUUGCCAUUGAGCACAUCUCCAGAAUCUGCAGGGUCCUGAAGCAGGACAAAGGCCACUUGCUCCUGGUGGGCAUUGGGGGCAGCGGACGACAAAGUGCCACCAAACUGUCCACGUUCAUGAACUCAUACGAGCUGUACCAGAUUGAGAUCACUAAGAACUACACGGGCACUGACUGGCGGGAGGACCUGAAGAAGAUCAUGCUGCAGGCUGGUGUGGCCAACAGGAGUACCGUGUUCCUCUUCGCUGACAACCAGAUCAAGGACGAGUCAUUUGUGGAGGACAUCAACAUGCUUCUGAACACAGGCGACGUGCCCAAUAUCUUCCCUGCCGACGAGAAGGCUGAUAUCGUGGAGAAGAUGCAAACGGCAGCCAGGACCGAAGGCGAGAAGGUUGAAGUCACUCCCCUUUCCAUGUAUAACUUCUUUAUUGAGAAGGUGAAAAAGAACCUUCACAUUGUCCUUGGAAUUAACAAAGUCUACUUUUCAUCAGCCAUGAGUCCAAUUGGAGACACCUUCAGAAACCGCCUGAGAAUGUUCCCUUCACUGAUCAAUUGCUGUACAAUUGAUUGGUUCCAGUCCUGGCCCACAGAUGCUCUGGAGUUGGUGGCCAACAAAUUUCUAGAAGAUGUGGAGCUUGAUGACAACAUUCGGAUAGAGGUCGUCUCCAUGUGCAAAUAUUUUCAAGAGAGUGUAAACAAGCUGUCAGUCGAUUAUUACAACACACUUCGUAGACACAACUAUGUUACCCCCACUUCCUACCUUGAAUUGAUUCUAACCUUCAAGACUCUCCUAAACAGCAAGAGGCAAGAGGUGGACAUGAUGAGGAACCGUUACCUGACGGGCUUGCAAAAACUCGAUUUCGCAUCCUCACAGGUGGCAGUCAUGCAAAAAGAACUGACUGCCCUUCAACCUCAGCUCAUCCUCACCUCUGAGGAGACUGCUAAAAUGAUGGUGAAAAUUGAAGAGGAGACGAGAGAAGCUGAUGCCAAGAAACUUCUGGUGCAGGCAGAUGAAAAAGAAGCCAAUGCUGCUGCCGCCAUUGCUCAAGGAAUCAAGAUCGAAUGCGAGGGGGACCUGGCUGAGGCGAUGCCGGCACUCGAGGCUGCACUGGCUGCGCUGGACACCCUGAACCCCACCGACAUCUCCCUGGUGAAGUCAAUGCAGAACCCACCAGGCCCUGUCAAGCUGGUCAUGGAGAGCAUCUGUGUCAUGAAAGGGCUGAGACCAGAGAGGAAGCCAGACCCCAGUGGCACCGGUAAGAUGAUAGAAGAUUACUGGGGAGUAUCAAGAAAGAUCCUUGGAGAUCUGAAAUUCUUGGAGAGUCUUAAGACAUAUGACAAGGACAACAUUCCCCCAUUGAUCAUGAAGCGGAUUCGGGAAAGGUUUAUCGAUCACCCAGAAUUCCAGCCGGCUGUCAUUAAAAACGUGUCGUCUGCCUGCGAGGGCCUGUGCAAGUGGGUGAGGGCCAUGGAGGUGUAUGAUCGAGUGGCCAAGGUGGUAGCCCCCAAACGGGAGCGACUGAAGGAGGCAGAGGGCAAGCUGGACGUGCAGAUGCAGAAGCUGAACCAGAAACGAGCAGAGCUGAAGCUGGUGGAAGACCAUCUCCAGGCCCUGAAUGAUGACUUUGAGGAGAUGAACACCAAGAAGAAGACCUUGAAGGAAAACAUUGAAAUCUGCUCCCAAAAGCUGAUCAGGGCAGAGAAGCUGAUCAGUGGUCUUGGGGGAGAGAAGGACAGAUGGACGGAAGCGGCCCGGCAGCUAGGGAUCCGCUACACCAAUCUGACAGGGGACGUGUUGCUGUCCUCAGGGACCGUGGCUUACCUGGGCGCCUUUACAGUGGACUAUCGGGCCCAGUGCCAAAAUCAGUGGUUGGCCCAAUGUAAAGACAAGGUCAUCCCCAGCUCCAACGACUUCAGCCUCAGCAACACAUUAGGGGAUCCUGUAAAAAUCCGUGCCUGGCAGAUUGCUGGCCUUCCCAUUGACUCCUUCUCCAUUGACAAUGGCAUCAUUGUGUCCAAUUCCAGACGCUGGGCCUUAAUGAUUGACCCUCAGGGGCAGGCCAACAAGUGGAUUAAGAACAUGGAGAAAGCAAAUAAACUGUCUGUCAUCAAGUUCUCCGAUAGCAACUAUGUGAGGAUGCUGGAAAAUGCUCUGCAGUUUGGCACCCCCGUGUUACUUGAAAACGUUGGAGAAGAGUUAGAUGCUUUUAUUGAACCCAUCUUGCUCAAGGCAACAUUCAAGCAGCAAGGUGUUGAGUACAUGAGGCUGGGUGAAAACAUCAUCGAAUACUCCAGGGAUUUUAAGUUAUACAUCACAACACGUUUGAGGAACCCACAUUACCUCCCAGAAGUCGCCGUGAAAGUCUGUCUCCUCAACUUCAUGAUCACCCCCUUGGGUCUCCAAGAUCAACUUCUUGGCAUUGUGGCUGCCAAGGAGAAGCCAGAACUAGAAGAGGUAAAGAACAAGUUGAUUGUGGAAAGUGCCAAGAACAAGCAGCAGCUAAAGGAAAUUGAAGAUAAGAUCUUGGAGGUCCUCUCCCUGUCCGAGGGCAACAUCCUUGAGGACGAAACUGCCAUCAAAAUCUUGUCCUCCUCCAAAGAGCUAUCUGAAGAAAUCUCUCAGAAACAGAAAAUAGCUUCCAUGACAGAAACACAGAUUGAUGAGACUCGGAUGGGUUACAAGCCAGUGGCUGUCCACUCGACCACCAUCUUUUUCUGUAUCUCCGACCUGGCCAACAUCGAGCCAAUGUACCAGUACUCCCUGACGUGGUUCAUAAACCUCUAUGUGCAUUCCCUGGCCCACAGCACCAAGAGCGAAGAGCUGGAUCUGCGCAUAGAGUACAUCAUUGAGCAUUUCACCCUGAGCAUCUACAACAAUGUGUGCCGCUCUCUGUUUGAGAAGGACAAGCUUCUGUUCUCUCUCCUCCUGACCAUUGGCAUCAUGAAAGAGAAAAAGCAAAUUAAUGAGGAAAUUUGGUACUUCCUUCUGACUGGAGGCAUCGCGCUGGAUAACCCCUUCCCCAACCCGGCUCCUGAAUGGCUGUCUGAGAAGGCAUGGUCGGAAAUUGUCCGUGCGUCUGCCUUACCAAAACUGAAAGGCCUGAUGGAACAUUUGGAACUACAUCUAGAUGAAUGGAAGCCCAUCUAUGACUCAGCCUGGCCCCAUGAGGAGCUAUUCCCUGGACCUUGGAGGUUCCUUCAAGGAUUGGAGAGAAUGGUGAUCCUCAGAUGUUUGCGGCCUGACAAAAUGGUCCCUGCCGUUCGGGAGUUCAUUGCUGAGCAUAUGGGAAAGAUAUUCAUCGAAGCCCCUACAUUUGAUCUCCAGGGAUCCUACAAUGAUUCCAGUUGUUGUGCACCAUUGAUUUUCGUGUUGUCUCCAGGCACAGACCCAAUGGCAGGGCUGCUGAAGUUUGCUGAUGAUCUUGGCAUGGGAGGUACCAAAACACAGACCAUCUCCCUUGGCCAAGGCCAAGGCCCUAUUGCUGCCAAAAUGAUCAAUAAUGCCAUCAAAGAUGGGACCUGGGUGGUCUUACAGAACUGCCACCUGGCCACAAGCUGGAUGCCUGCACUGGAGAAGAUUUGUGAGGAAGUGAUUGUUCCUGAGAGCACCAAUGUCAAAUUCAGACUCUGGCUAACCAGCUAUCCGUCAGAGAAGUUUCCAGUCAGCAUUCUCCAGAAUGGGAUCAAAAUGACCAAUGAGCCCCCCAAAGGGCUCCGGGCCAAUCUUUUGCGCUCCUACCUCAAUGACCCCAUCUCGGACCCCAUGUUCUUCCAAAGCUGUGCAAAGGCAGUGAUGUGGCAAAAGCUGUUGUUCGGACUUUGCUUCUUCCACGCCAUUGUUCAAGAGAGGAGAAACUUUGGGCCCCUGGGUUGGAAUAUUCCUUAUGAAUUCAACGAAUCUGACCUGAGAAUUAGUAUGCGGCAGAUCCAGAUGUUUCUCAAUGACUACAAGGAGGUGCCAUUUGAUGCUCUGACCUACCUGACAGGGGAAUGUAAUUAUGGAGGCAGAGUGACCGAUGACAAAGACAGGCGUCUCCUGCUGUCCCUUCUGUCCACGUUCUACUGUGCGGAAAUCGAGCAGGACCAUUACAGACUUGCUCCUGGAGACACUUACUACAUCCCUCCCCAUGGCUCCUAUCAGACCUAUAUCGACUACCUCAGGAGCCUGCCCAUCACAGCGCACCCCGAAGUGUUUGGCCUCCAUGAGAACGCAGACAUCACCAAAGACAACCAGGAAACCAACCAGCUGUUCCAAGGGGUGCUGCUGACGCUGCCUAGACAGUCGGGAGGGAGUGGCAAGUCCCCUCAGGAAGUAGUUGAGGAGCUAGCCCAGGACAUACUCUCCAAGCUUCCCAAAGACUUUAACCUAGAAGAGGUCAUGAAGUUGUACCCUGUGGUCUAUGAGGAAUCUAUGAACACCGUCCUGAGGCAGGAGAUCAUCAGAUUCAACAGGCUGACCAAAGUGGUUCGCAGAAGCCUUAUCGAUCUUGGUCGAGCCAUCAAAGGACAGGUCCUGAUGUCCUCAGAGCUGGAGGAAGUCUUCAAUAGCAUGCUCAUGGGUAAAGUGCCAGCCAUGUGGGCGGCCAAGUCCUACCCAUCACUAAAGCCACUGGGGGGCUACAUCGCUGACCUGCUGGCCCGCCUGACCUUCUUCCAGGAAUGGAUUGACAAGGGCCCCCCUGUGGUCUUUUGGAUCUCCGGAUUCUACUUCACACAAUCUUUUCUGACAGGCGUCUCUCAAAAUUAUGCCCGAAAAUACACCAUCCCCAUUGACCACGUCGGAUUUGAGUUUGAGGUAACCACACAAGAAACGGUCAUAGAGAGUAAUCCAGAAGACGGGGCCUACAUAAAAGGGCUCUUUUUAGAAGGUGCCCGUUGGGACAGGAAAACGAUGCAGAUUGGGGAGUCUCUUCCCAAAAUCCUGUACGACCCAUUGCCCAUCAUUUGGCUGAAGCCGGGGGAGAGUGCCAUGUUUUUGCACCAGAACAUUUACGUGUGUCCAGUCUACAAAACAAGUGCCCGGAGAGGAAUCCUCUCCACCACAGGCCACUCUACCAACUAUGUCCUCUCCAUUGAGCUCCCAACAGACAUGCCCCAGAAGCACUGGAUAAACCGAGGGGUGGCCUCACUGUGCCAGCUGGAUAACUGA